ACUCUGCUGCUGUUCCCAUUUCCCCCUCUGUAUUUUCAUCUCAGAAGGAAAAAGGGGAAGGAGAGAGAAACCUAGAGAGAGAAACCUCUGUAUUAUCAUCCCUUUCGACGAUUUUUCGAGUCUGAGGUUGUGGAAGAUUUUCCGAUCAUCACAUUCAUCAGGUUUGAUCUCGUUUCUCUUUCUCGAUUUAGUUUCAAAUUUUUAGGCUUUACUUGUUCGAUUGUCGUGGAUUUUUUGCAUAUAUGUUCUAUGUUUCCGAAUUUUUGGGCUUGAAUCUUUGUGGGUGUAUUUGUGCGAAAUUGUUUCGUUUUUAAUGGGGUUUAUUUGAUCGAUUUGUUUUCGAUUUAUUGGGUUUAUUUGUUCGAUUGUUUUUCGAUUUUUUAAGGGUUUAUUUGUUCUAUUUAUUUUCGUUUUUUGGGUUGAAUUUUAGUGCCUUCUUUGAUUGUGUGGUGGUUUUUUUGGGUUGAAUUUGAGUGAUUUAUCGUUUGUUUUAGGUUGAUUUUUUUUUAUUAUUAUUGUUAGUAGUAUUAUUGUCUGAUUUGUCACAGGAUUGUUGAUCUCCAGGUACAAUUCUAUCUCUCCUUUCUCUUUCUUGUUCAAAUUGGUUCAAUUUUCAUCUAAUCUUUAAUAUGAAUGUUGACUGUGUUUUUUUUUUGGGCUAUUUCUCCUCUUUUUUCCUUUCUUUUCUAUGUUUUUUUUGGUAAUUCUUCUUAAUUAUAAUCUGAAUUUCGAUUGUAUACAAAGUCAAGCUUAUAGUGAGCAAGAUCAUUAAUGAAUAAGGAAGAAGCAGAAGUGCGGACUUUGUAUUCAUUUAUAUUCUACAUUUUUAUCUUCAUUUACCUCUUAUUCUUACUUCUUUUACUACAAUUUCAUCGAAUUUUCUCAAUUUUCUUGGGUUCUUUCAUUUAAUUGUUUUCGUUUUUUCUUUACUAAUUAUUUCAUAUUCUUAGUAAUUUUGUCAAUUUUUUUAUGUCAUUUGAUGAAUAUGAUGAUCUUACGUAAAAUGGGUACUUAGAUUUGUUACUUAAUUACUUUGUAAGUUAAAAAAGUUACCCACAAUUAAGGAAUGAUAAAAAGAUAAAGGCUACAUUUAAUCGUUUGUUGUUAAAUUAUGGGUAAUUUUAAUUUUCAUCAUAUUUUUUUGUAAAAGAUUGAUAGAAUUUUCUUUACAUUUUUGAAAAUGGCAACUUCGAGGAACAAAACAUGUUUUUCUUACUAUUUUGAUAAAAAAAAUCUGAAGUACACAAUCUGAACCAAUUUCAGCAUUUAAACUCUAAAAAUGACAAAACCAACAACGUUAGAUCAGCUGCCAGAAGAUGUAGAUGACUUGAUUGAACUCAACUUGCUGUUCUCAACCCCAUUUUGUUGAAGAAACCUUGCAGCAGGAUCCUGAGGACAAUGCAGACAAAAACGCCGUGAGUCUAUAAUGCUUGAUUGCAUAAUGUAUUAUUGUUCUCAGUUUUUGGGGUUAUUUAUCAUAUAAUUCCUUUUCUUUAGUAUCUAAACCUUUCACAAUUUAGUGAGUUGCUAUUCACCUUUAGUUCUUGACUGUGUGUGUGUGUGUGUGUGUGUCUGUGCUCGUGCCUGCGUGGCUGCGUGUACUGAUAUUUGUGAUGUGCUGAACUGCUGAUCCUAUAUGGAAUAUGUAUUUACCAUCCAUUUUCAUUCACAGAAAUUUUAGUGCAAUAUACUAAAUUAGCCAUGAGUACACGUAGUUAACACUAUCUACAUUUGUAGAUUGAUCUUGGUUGUAUUAUGCUUUUUUCUAAUUUUGUUUUGACCUUGAGUUUAGAUAAGUUCAAAGUAUUAACUCAUAAGCUAUGCUAAAUUCUGAUGAGAGCUUCCUACUGCUUAUUCCAACAUCUCAAUUUGAAACAAAAUCCACAAUAAAAUUAGAUUACAAGUAUGAACCAAACUACAAAAAUUCCGUGAACAAGGAAGCCAUAGAAGCUGCCAGAAAUGGGAAGAGAAAUGCCACAUCCUAAGCCCAUAAUCAUUACGGUUGAUUCACCUUCACCUCCAAUUGCACCUCCAAUCUGAUGAUGUAGUAUUAAUAAGUGUGCAGGUUUUAGUAGUAUCGCUAUAAAGGUUCCUCGAUUGACUGAUAAAUACUUAACCCUUUGUUUCUUGUGAUUUUGCUAUUUUUGUUUUGAAUUUGUUAUGGUGGAUUGAAUUGAUUCUCUGCUGAUGCUGUCUUCAGUAUUACUGGACUCUUGGAAAGCAAGGGUUCCUCUUGGUUAUCUCUUACUCCUUAAAUUUGCUUUGGGUUUUGUAUUAUAGUGCUUAUUUUUCUAUCAAUUGUGUGCAUUUUUGUAUUAGUUGUUGAAUUCUGGACAUUUAGCUAGGUGUAAAUUACAAAAUAAACUUGAUCAUAUUCUACAUUCAAAGAAUAAACCAAAAAUUGGGGCAAACAAACAAUCUAAAUCAAAAUAAGGCUUGUCUAUGGGUAGUAUCAGUUUAUAUUUAUGAAAAUGAAGAGGAUGUGAAAGAAAGAGCUAACACGUGGUAAUAUAACUGUCAAGGUUUUCUUUGAGUUUUGAUCUGAUGAACAGCUGCUAUUAGUGGGUAGAUACUAGGAAAACACUAACCACCUUUAUCAUUUUCCAUGAUUACCUUUUGUUGCCAUUGGUCAUUACUUUCUGAAGCUUUAUUAAAUCAAUUUAUAAUCUGUUUUCUUGGAGAAUGAAGAUAAUGUGCUUGCUUGUUAAUCAGUUGGGGACGGUGGGUAAAAAGCACUUCGACAAUUACAAGAUGAAGAAGAUGAAGAGGAAAGAAAGGUUAACCUUCACAAAUUCCAGCAGUUGAAGUUGAGCCUCAAGGAUGCUCUUUUAAUCCAGAGGAUGAGAGUCACAAGGACUCCUUGGCACAAGCUGUUGCAGAAGAGAUGAAGAAAAUUUAUAAAAAAGAGCUGGAGCCUGAGCCAAUUCCUUUAACUGUUCCUGGAGAACCAGUCACUGAAGAUGAUUGGACAAUGAAGACGAUGAGGAAAUGGACGAGGAAAAACAAACCGAAGAUGGGAAUAUCGAAGAUGAAAAAAGUUACUGAGGAUGAAGUGGAUCUUUUAUAUGACUUAUUCAAUAAACUCAGCAACUCUGUUGUCAAAGAUGGUUUUAUUCAAAAGGAAGAACUUCAACUUGCAUUAUUUAAGAAUAGUAUGAAGAGAAGCCUUUUUCUUGACAGAGUAUGUGUUUCCUUUUUGUUGUUAGAUGCUGAUGUCCCAUAUUUCAUGCAAGAAUUUCCGAUCUAUAGUUGUUCACUUGUUCUUUUUCCUUCAGUUUACAUAAUACUGAAGUAUUUUUUGCCUUACAAGAUAAGUUGAGCAGUGUUUAUUAAGUAUGAACUCUUGAAGUUAUAUUACUUCAGAAUUCAGAAAACUGGCUUUGUCUUGCUUUCAUGGGUAGAACAUGGAGGCUGGUUCAUUCAUUGGGAACUCUUAUCUUAAAUGUCAAUCUGCAUUAUUUCAUCUCAUCAUAUUGCAGAUGCUGAUAGUUGGCCAAAAGCUUAUGAGUGUAUCUCUUGCAGUUAUUUAGAUACUAUAUUAUGACUGCUGUUAUGCUCUUAAACUAAGCUAAAAUUUUGUAGAGUUGGUGGAUUUGCACUUGCAAGUUAACGCCAAGUACAUUAAGAUUAAGACUUUGUUGUUGACCUUUGAACUAUGCGUCUAUAUGUUUUCCAUUUCUAUACAACUAUACAAGUAUAUAUGAAAUAUAUAUUUGUAAUCUUUGAACUGUAUUUUUUUUUUAUCCGGGACAAUGGUCCUGACCGUGGAACAUGAAUAUGAUUUUCAGUACUGUGGACUGCUGGUAGAUGUAUAAACACUAUGAAGUGCUAAACUUCUUUAUUGUGUACUUUGUCUCUGAAGAGCUUAGUAAUUUUUUAUUGAACAAUUGAGGA